AUGUUAUCUACUUAUUACAUAUCAGAUAAUAACGAUAGUAUUAUUAAAAAGCGAUUUCUUAAUAAAGUCUUUAGUGAUCAUGAAGCAGCAAGAAUGAACCCAGAUCAAGAAAAUCAUAAGGCGGCAAAACUAUCACAAGAACUUUGUUAA